AUGGCUCUCGAGAGGCAGCAGGACUGGCGGAGACUAAGCUCCAUGCCGCUGCUCGAUGCCACUGGCGAGACGGAUCUUCCUCAGCUGGCGAUCCGAGAAGAGUGGCGCUCCUGGCGCGAGAACACGCUGCUGACGGAGAUCUCGAAGCUCCCGGAUGGGCACCGUGUUUUGCUGCAGGCGUUGUUGUGUGACACCCUUGCGGGAUACGAAGAGCUCCAACCACGCUUUGCGGCGUUGACACCGCCACCACGGGAGAAUGACAGCCUCGCGGCUCGGCUCGUGCGACUGGCUGCCACGGCUCAGGCCGAGACCGCCAGGCUGGUGAACCCCAAAAGCGGGAAUUCCGCGAAGUCUGGAUCGGAUGCUUAUCUGAGCAUGCUCCUGCAACAGAAGUUGGCCUUGGCGAGGCAGGAGCCACCAGUCCCACCCACAACAGUGCUUCACAUGUGGGACAGAUGGUAUGCCACUGCGGAGCUGGGCUUCCCGGACGAGGCUCUGCUGAAGCUGCAGCUGCUCAAGCUUCGACAGAAAUCUGCAUCGAAGGUGAUCUGCUGGGCCAUGACCCGUCAAUUACAGAAGAGGAAGCUGUAUCAGGAGGAGAUGCGCAUCAAAGCUGCUCUGAAGUUGCAGCGCACAUUUCGGAACAUCAUUCUGCCACGACUGCGUCAGCUGCGCGAAACCGUAGACAAGAUCCGGGAAAGAUGUCUUCAGCAACGCUUGCAUCGACGUCUCGAGCGCUUUGUGCGGGCGAGGCGCUUGUCGCGUAAGACAACCCGGGCGAGAUGGGUAGACUCCCUGCCUGAGCCUGAAUCAUCUGCAUCGGCGCUUCGGAUCCAAGCCUUCUGCCGAGGUCGUUGGAGUCGAAAGGGCUGGAGCUACUGCUGGGAUCCCCCCUUCACCCGCACGUCCACUUUAGCUGCACGACAGAAGCAAACUUUAUUGGCCUUGCCAGUGCUGACCGCUGCCAUGAAGCGAGAGUUUGCACAGCUUCGCUGUCGGCGCAGAGAUCAUUCGAAUUCUGAGCGACUUCGACGUAGCUGGCUGCCGGUUCUUCAAGCCGAGUUCUCGAUGCUCAGCUCCUGGCAUUUCGAGGCGGAGGAUAAGGAGCGCCGCGCAGACUUUGAAGCCCGGAACUUGCGGCGCUUCGAGGCUCAGUGGCAGAGAUAUGCUGCUGGUUUGGAGAACUUUGCUCGUGCUCAUGCUCUUGACCGCUCGAAGAAUCGCGACCAGUGGGUGGCAACGGUGAGUGACGGGAAGGCCGUGUGGCUGAACGAAAGAACAGGGCAGACCCGCCCGAGUGACCCUCUUGAAGCCCGUGUGCGGGGCACCCUGGCACGGGAGCGCAAGAAAGCGGUCGAUCGUUUCGAGGAUCAGGCGCGGCAGCGGCGUGCCGCCUGGGAGGAGGAGGACCAGGCUUUGGAGGAGCUCUACGCAGCCGGGCAGGUGGAGCUCCAGGACAUCACGCGGAGUUCCUUCGCUUCCACUUUCGACUGCAUCCAAAAACGGGGCUUGCCGUCUAGAUUGUGGUCAGGCUCAGCAUGCAUGAAGUCUAGCCAUGGAUGUUUCUCAGUGUGGGAGCAGCCCCUGUUGCACGAACGACAAGAAAGAGGCUGGGUGAGCAGCAGCGAGCCGGGUCAUAAAACAGUGCAAAGCUCGUCGCUGUUUUUUCACCUGCCGGACUCCUCCCAAGUUGUUGAUGCUACAAAGACUCCGGAGGGACCACAUCAGAGGGGCCCCGUAGAGCUGGAGAAUGGCAUCAUUUACACCGGGCAGUGGCUUGGUGUCCAUCGACACGGAGAGGGUACCCUGCUAAGGCCCGACGGCGGCAGAUACGAGGGGCAGUUUGUCAACGACAGAGCCUGCGGACGUGGGAGAUUUGUCCAUGCCAAUGGCGACGUGUACGAAGGCCAGUGGCUGGAUGACAAGGCUCAUGGCUCUGGGAAGUUCCUUCACUCGGACGGAUCGUCCUACAUCGGCGACUGGGUGGAGGACAUGAAAUCCGGACAGGGUCUUGAGACCUGGGCCGAUGGCUCCACUUUCAAGGGCGAGUACAGGGACGGCAAGAAACACGGCUAUGGAGUCUUCACGUCCUCUGAUAACUCGUCGUAUUCCGGCCAGUUCUUCAACGACAGCAUGCAUGGCGAGGGUACGUACACCUUCUCGGAUGGACGUGUCUACGUCGGAAGCUGGCAAGACAGCCAAAUGAUGGGCCAUGGCACCAUGAGGUGGCCAGAUGGCAGAUGGUACGAGGGAGACUACCUCGGCGAUCGAAAGUCCGGCGAAGGGAAGUUUUGUUGGCCGGACGGCCGGCGCUACGUAGGCCAGUGGCUGGAAGGCAAGCAGCACGGCAAAGGCAGAUACGUCGAUGUGAAGGGCGUGGCGCGGGAGGGCCUGUGGAAGGCUGGUACGCGCCUUCGAUGGACCGAUGAAGACGAGCCGCCUGCGCCAAGCUGA